CAACUCCACCACAGCGACAGAGAGGCUCGGGCUGCGCUCGAGGACCCGGCGCCGCGUGCCCGUCCUCUACAUGAAGAAAAACAACAAGAAACGACCGUGUGUGAACACAGGCGGAAUUCUGUCCGGAUUCAACAGCUUCAACUAUCUCAGCUUCGUCGUGGGCAUAAUGACGCUGGUGUUGAAUAUCAAUAACAACAUCAAUAAUAACAAUAAUAACAACAACAAUAAUAAUAACAACAAUCUGGACAAUAAUAAUGUGAACGCCAACUUGAACAGCAACAACGCAAAUCAGGUGAACAUCAUGCCGCCGGGCCGUCGAAGGAGACGGAGACGGAGACGGAGACGGCGCAGGUCGUUCCGGGCUCACAUGAAGGAGAGGCAGCGGGAGCUGGAGGACAUGGUCCGCAGCUGGUCGCUCGCUGUUCACGGCAGUCCUCCUGUCUCUCCGUCCUCCGAGAAUGGCUGUCCUCAGAGGAGAGGACGCCGCCGCCGAGGACUCUCGGCAGAGCGAGAGGAGGCCGAGUGUGGUUUAAGAGUGGCCUGCACUCUGCUGGGGCCGCUCGGACACCACCUGCACGCGCACUUACGAGAUAUAUAAUGAUAAAAUCUACAAACAGUUUUAUUCGCACUCCGGACUUCAACGGUAGGAAAUGAGUGAAAUUGGAGGACGUCUGACCCCGUUUAUCGGAGAAUUAGGAUAUCGAAGCUGCGAGAAAAUGCAAUUUAUUUUAUGUGCGUUAUCAUUAGCCGGGUUCAAAUUUGCAACUAUAACCAUGUGCAUUGUGCACUGCAUAACACAUGUGUACAAUUUGCAAUGCGUUCUUUGGACAGAUGAUGAUUGAUGAAUAAUGUAAUUUGGGUGGUAGCAAUUUAGCCAGCUAUUACCGUCGCAUUGCUCUCAUAUGUUUUAAUAAAAUAACGCUUUUGCUGCUC